AUGGCUGCACCAGCGGGAACGGGCAAUGAGCGGGCCUACUCCCGUCCUACAAGCCGGGACGAGUUCGAGAUUGCGAUAAUCUGCGCACUUACCCGCGAAAUGGACGCCGCCCGCGUGGGGUCAGCAGAUGCUGUUGUUCGCUCUGCCAAACACCGCGAUACUUAUGCCGAAAAGGGCAUCAUCGCCUUAGAGAUGGAAGGUGCAGGAAUAUGGGAUGUGUUACCUUGCCUCGUCAUCAAAGGCGUGUGUGAUUAUGCCGACAGCCACAAGAAUAAAGGAUGGCAGGAUUAUGCUGCGGCCACCGCUGCGUCGGUGGCGAAGGCAUUUCUGGACCGCUACCAAGGAGCUGGAAAGAUUUCCAGGCAUGCAAAUGAACACCGAACAAUUCCAACUCCCGCACCCUUUCUUAAUGCUCCAUUUCAGCCUGACGAUGACUUCGUUGAACGGGAUGAGAUCAUGUCAUGGCUGCAAACCGAGUUAAACAACAAGGGGAGCCGUGCUGCACUUGUUGGUCUCGGGGGCGUAGGGUACAUUCUCUGGGUACACGCCGGCACCCAAGCACUGUUCAUCAAAUCGUUUCGCGGCAUCGCACAAGAACUGAGCUUGGAUGGCUGGGAUAAUGUCAAAGCUGAUGUCCUAAGGCUAGUUCUCAACUGGCUACGUUCUGACAACCGACAAUGGUUGAUGAUUCUCGACAACGCCGAUGACAUCAACGUUUUCGACCCAGUACCAGGCGAACGCAGAGACUCGGGUAGUGAGGCCGCUUCUUUGACAGCAUUAAAGCCACUCGACUUUCUCCGCCGAUGCCAACAUGGGAAUAUUCUGAUCACAUCACGAUGCGAGAAAGUCGUCAGGCGUCUCGGGGUGGGGUUGCAUUUUCGGCAAGUUGAACCAAUGAUCAAAGACCAGGCGAGGCAGCUGUUACGCCAUAAACUAGCUACUGUGGAAGAUGAAUACGGGGAAGAGAACCUGGUUCACGCUCUCGACUGCAUUCCCCUCGCUAUUACUCAGGCAGCGGCCUAUAUCAAUCAUCUUGCACCAACGGGAAGGGCGUCCGUUCGCGUGUACCUGGACCAGUUCCGCGAGAGCGAGAACAACCAGGCCCUUUCUUCUCAACCACCUCCCCGAAGAUGA